AUGAAUGCGGGGAGCCAGUCGUCAAACCAUUUUCACAGACCCAUUUCCCCUCCCUCUUCUCUCAUUUCCCCCCCUUCCCUCUUUCUUUUCCACCACUACUCCUCCUCAUACCCCCCUUCUCUCCCUCCUAUUUUCCGCCCUUCCUCCUCUGAUUUCCCCCCCCCCUGCUUCCUCGAUGUUUCCCCCACUGCUCCUCCACACAUCCCCCCUCUUCUCCCUCUCAUUUCCCCUUUAUCCAUCUCUGCUUCCCCUCGUUCCCCCCUCUCCUUCCCCUUGUUUCCCCCUCUGCUCCCCCUCGUUUCCCCCCCCCUUCCCCUUAUUUCCCCCUCCCCUUCCCCUCGUUACCCCCUCUCUUUCCCCUUAUUUCCCCCUCUGCUUCCCCUCGUUCCACCCUCUCCUUUCCCUUAUUUCCCCCUCUGCUUCCCCUCGUUCCCCCCUCUCCCCCUUAUUUCCCCCCCUGCUCCCCCUCGUUCCCCCAUCUCAUUCCCCUUAUUUCCCCCUCUGCUUCCACUCGUUCCCGCCUCUCCUUCCCCUUGUAUCUCCCUCUGCUUCCCCUCUUCCACCCUCUCCUUCCCCUUAUUUCUCUCUCUGCUUCCCCUCGUUCCCCCCUCUCCUUCCCCUUAUUUUCCCCUCUGCUUCCCCUCUUUUCCCAUAUGCUUCUUCACAUAUCCGCCCUCUUCCGCCCCUCUUUUUAUCAUCUCCCCUCCCUUCCACCGCCUCACCGCAGCCUAG